AUGCAGUACAUCGGCAAACUAUUUUCAACUGCGAGACAAUACUACAGUGACAUUAACAGGGCCACGCUCAAUGGGGCUAUUGACGUUAUCGUUAUUCAACAUCCGGAUGGCGAAUGGAACAGUUCACCCUUUUACGUUCAGUUUGGUAAAACAGGAAUACUUCGACCAAGCGAAAACGAGGUACGCCAGUAA